UUAGCAUCUGAAGUAUAGAAUAAGACGCCCAUAGAGCGGCAUGAUUGUUUUAGUUGAUUCAAUGGUUAUUUAGACCGCUCAAUUAAAUGUAGUUUCCUUCAUAAUUUGUACCUUAAUGCAUUUGUCAAUCUCAUCUUAUGAUUUAAACCAGUACGUUUGAUUAACUGAGAUGUAAAAAUGUCAACGCUCGUACUGGAUAAUGGUGCGUACUUCGCCAAAAUCGGUUACAGUCAUGAGAAAGUCAGUGUUAUCCCAAAUUGCCAAUUCCGUUCGAAGACCUCCAGGUUGAAAACUUUCACUGCCAAUCAGCUGGAUGAAAUCAAAGACCCGUCCGGACUCUUCUACAUCCUCCCUUUUCAAAAGGGGUAUCUUGUGAACUGGGAUGUGCAGCGCAAAGUCUGGGAUCAUCUGUUUGGAAAGGAGAUGUUUAAGGUGGACUUUGCUGAUACCAACAUUGUGAUAACAGAACCGUACUUCAACUUCACCUCAAUUCAAGAAUCCAUGAAUGAGAUUUUAUUUGAAGAAUAUCAGUUCCAGUCAGCUCUCAGAAUUAAUGCUGGAUCUUUGAGUGCUCAUCGAUACUUCCAUGAGAAAAACUCUGAGCUGUGUUGCAUUGUGGUGGACAGCGGCUUCUCCUUCACACACAUCGUUCCUUAUUGCAGGGGAAGAAAGAUGAAAGAGGGAAUCUGCAGAAUGAAUGUAGGAGGAAAGCUGCUCACCAACCAUUUGAAGGAGAUCAUUUCAUACAGGCAGCUGCAUGUGAUGGAUGAGACCCAUGUGAUCAAUCAAGUCAAGGAGGAUGUGUGUUAUGUGUCUCAAGAUUUCUACAAGGACAUGGAGAUUGCACAAUUGAAAGGAGAAGAUAAUACAGUUAUGAGAGACUAUGUGCUGCCAGAUUUCAGCUCUAUCAAAAAGGGAUUUUGCAAGCCUCGAGAGGAGAUGAAUUUUACUGGCAAAUAUAAGACCGGGGAGCAGAUUUUGCGGCUCACCAAUGAGAGGUUUGCAGUCCCAGAGAUGCUCUUUCACCCCUCUGACAUCGGCAUUCAGGAGAUGGGCAUACCUGAGGCUUUGGUCAACUCCAUUAACAAUAUGCCGGAAGAGAUGCAGCCCCACUUCUAUAAGAACAUUGUUCUUACUGGCGGCAACACGUUGUUCCCUGGAUUCAGAGAUCGGGUUUACAAAGAAGUCCGUGCACUCGCUCCUGUAGAAUAUGAAGUCUCUGUCGUUCUGCCACAGAAUCCUAUUUGCUACCCAUGGGAAGGAGGAAAGUUAUUGGCCGAAAACCCUGACUUUGAAGAGAUGGUGGUCACGCGAGACGAUUAUGAGGAAAAUGGACAUUAUGUAUGUGAAGAGAAGUUUGAUAUUUGACCUGCAUAUGAAUGAACUGUCUUUUGGUACAGAAAAUUUGAAUACAGCACACAUGUUUUGUAUGAAAACUAAGCUGUACAUUUGGCUACUGUACAUUACACUGAUUAUUACUCAAUAGUCAACAGGCUCUUUGACUUUGAAUGUGAUAAAUAUGUAUUGUUUUCCUUUUUUUUUUUUUUUUUUUUUUUUUUUUUUUUUUUACUAAGACAUUCAUUUUUGUAUAUAUUAAAAUAAUGUGAGCUGUAGAAAUAAAACUUUUUUUUACUCUGA